CGACGCUCCGCCCCGGCGCGGCCCCGCCCUCCCAGCUCGCCGGCGCCCUCCCCUCGCCGGGGGCUGCGAGUUGCGUUUGGUAAAACCCAACCCUGGAAUAUAUAGAUCACUGGAGCGCAAUGAAGUAGCUUUUGGCGAGGGAGGGAGGGAGGGGGGCCUGGACAGUCACAGAGGCCAGUGCACGGCGGCGGUGGCACCUUCCUUCUGGCAUCCCGGUCGCCCGGCCCGCGAGGAGGCAGCGGCGGCCGCAGGCGCCAGCAGAGGAGGCGGCGGAGCAACGAGCAGAGGCUAGGCGGACCGGCAGGAGCGCGCGGCCGGGGCCACGCAUCUCCACACUUGCACACCAACUCCCGCGCCUUGCACCCUCGAGACCCGGGCUAGGGCUCGGAGAACCUCGGUGAAGCUAGAGGGAUCCAGCUCCGGAGCUCGGCCAGCUCCGUUCUGAGCCUCCCGGGCGCUGGUUCUCCGCGCCGGGGUCCCCGCUUCUGCGCUCCGGACGCGUCUCCCGGACAGCCGGGUCCCCGCGGCCCGGACAAAGCCAUGAAGCCGGCGCUGCUGGAAGUGAUGAGGAUGAACAGAAUUUGCCGGAUGGUGCUGGCCACUUGCUUGGGAUCCUUUAUCUUGGUCAUCUUCUAUUUCCAAAGUAUGUUGCACCCAGUCAUCCGGCGGAAUCCCUUUGGUAUGGACAUCUGCUGCCGGAAGGGAUCUCGAAGUCCACUGCAGGAACUGUACAACCCCAUCCAGUUGGAGCUGUCCAACACUGCCAUCCUGCACCAGAUGAGACGGGACCAAGUGACAGACACCUGCCGGGCCAACAGUGCCAUGAGCCGAAAGCGCAGGGUGCUGACCCCCAAUGACCUGAAGCACCUGGUGGUGGAUGAGGACCACGAACUGAUCUACUGCUAUGUGCCCAAGGUGGCGUGUACCAACUGGAAGAGGCUCAUGAUGGUCCUGAGCGGCCGGGGCAAAUACAGCGAUCCCAUGGAGAUCCCAGCCAACGAGGCCCAUGUGUCGGCCAAUCUGAAGACCCUCAACCAGUACAGCAUCCCAGAGAUCAACCACCGCUUGAAAAGCUACAUGAAGUUCCUGUUCGUGCGGGAGCCCUUCGAGAGGUUGGUGUCAGCCUACCGCAAUAAGUUCACGCAGAAGUACAACACCUCCUUCCACAAGCGCUAUGGCACCAAGAUCAUCCGUCGCCAGCGGAAGAACGCCACGCAGGAGGCCCUUCGCAAGGGAGACGAUGUGAAGUUUGAGGAGUUCGUGGCCUACCUCAUUGACCCACACACACAGCGGGAGGAGCCCUUCAACGAGCACUGGCAGACCGUCUACUCCCUCUGCCACCCUUGCCACAUCCACUAUGACCUCGUGGGCAAGUAUGAGACGCUGGAGGAGGACUCCAAUUAUGUGCUACAGCUGGCAGGAGUGAGCGGCUACCUGAAGUUCCCCACCUAUGCAAAAUCCACCAGAACUACGGACGAGAUGACCACGGAGUUCUUCCAGAACAUCAGCGCCGAGCACCAGACACAGCUGUACGAAGUCUAUAAACUGGACUUUUUAAUGUUCAAUUACUCAGUGCCAAACUACCUGAAGUUGGAAUAAAGGGGUAAGGGGGUGGUUGGGGAGAGGGAGAGAAUCCUGCUUUUUAAUUUAAGAUUUUUAUUUGUCAAAAGAAUUCUAUGGAUACUGGGUUAUUUUGUAAGUUAAUAUGUCUUUGUGGGGGAUGCUGCAAGCGGCAUGGUAAGAAUUAUUUAAAUCCUCCAUGGGAAAGAACGGCUGUCUUCACAGGGGAGCAGGGGGUGGAGCGUCCCUGUUUUUUAGAAGCGGAAACUGCAACACCGUCUCCAAGGUGUCUUUGUGUUCUGGUGAAUUCCACAAACUGUGCAUUCCGUAAAGUCUAAUGAUUCUUAUUUAUAGUUAUUUAAAUGUAGUCUCUAUAUAGGUUUUGGGGGGGGGGGCAACAGACUGCUCGUGUCUUUCUAGAAGAAAAAAAAAAACGGUCUGUGCUUUGCUGCCUAUGGAUUGUUUAGGGGCUGUGACUGUCUCCCCAGUAACCUCCCCUAGAAUUGCAUGGUGACAGCUGCUGGCAUGUGUGGAUGCCACCAUUCAAGAAACCCUGCUAGAAAUAAGCAAAUCAUCCUUGCACUAAGAAACAGGUGGGAGUGGUUCACACUGAUUGCUAGCAACCCCAAAGUACCUUGCAGUACAGAAAUGCAAAUUUUAACCCAAGGAGAGAGUGGAUAAUAGCGAUUUUCUGUUCACCAAAAUUAGCGGUCUAUAAGAAUAGGCUUUUUGUGGAAAUUUAUAACCAGCACGUGCCAGAUCUAGUGAAGGCAGAAUGACUGUCACUUUAUAUUUGAUAAAUAUUUAUUGAGCACCUACUGUUUUCCAGGCUUGACUGCAGGUAGAAUAUUGAGUGAACCCAUUAGCCUUGGCCCUCAACAAGCUUUAUGUGAACACAGGACAGGUAUACAGCUCAACAGUGAACCAGCCCCCAUCCUUGUGGUCCUCACUUAGGGUGUUGACUAUUCUCAAGUGGCCCAGAGAGGCCAUGACCCUAGCAAAUUUGCAUUCUCCUACAGCUCAAAUUUGAAAACUCCACAUUUGGAUCAGUCCACUUAACUAGCUAAGCAACCUAAGUUCAUUGCCCAACACAAGAAACAGUAGAAACCUUUUUGAUCAUGUAUGUCUACUGCAGUUAGAUGCCUGUAAGCCUCAGUAUUCUCCAGGCACAAAUGGAGGAGUGCUGUGAUUGAUUAGCGAUGUCUGCCUUGGGUAAGGGAAGGGGAACAUUUCUCAAGUGCCUCCUACUGUGAUUGCCAGUCCACAUCUCCUGCCUGCCACUUUAAGUGUACUGCAUAUGUCUGGAGACGUACAAAGAUCCCGCCUGAAGGUAAAGAAGGUUAAAAGUGGACUGUUGGUACCCACAGGCACGUGCACACCCUCCCAUGUCCUGCAUUGACAGAGCAUCCAGGACAGCCACCCAGGAUCUUAACCCAUGCUCCCUCUCCUCCAGAAUGCUGGAAACUUGGUGUUUCUGGUUCCUUGCUGAUCAACACCCAGACCUAGUUCUCAUUUCUAGUCAUUUCUGAGGCCUCUCAGUUGACAUUUGAGCCACACUCCUGUUAACAGCCAGUGUCUAGGUGGGUAGCAGAUGCUGUAUAUAAUAGUUCUAAUGAUAGGGGAGGGUGUGGGGUGUAAAUUUUGCUUUUUGUGCUGUUAGUUGGUUUUGUUUGUGUGGUUUUUGUUUUGAUGCAGUGUGGAGUGAAGGGGUGAGAAUAUUCUGAAAAACAAAAAAAAUGAAUAAUUUAUUCACAGAAACUAUUAAAAUGGUAUUGUCAGGCUCACAGCGAGCCAAAAGCAGCAGUAGUUGCUGCUCUGUUUCACUGAGGAAACUACUUUAUUUAAUGUGAGGGAAAUGUGCACCAGAGCAGCUGACUGAAGCUAUUUAUAAAACGCAGGUACCUUCCCCAGUUUCUCUCCUCUCACCUCUGAUAGAUAGGUUUAUGUCAUGUAUUUGACCAAGAACAGUGACAGACUUUGGCUGUCCCUGGAAUAGAGAGGGGACUCCUUUCCUCAGAAACUGGCCUUCUGCUGAUACAACGGUCUGUGUGAUGUUGCUGAUGCAUGUUCCACAGAGCCCAGGCUCUGUAGGGUAUCAGUUUGGAGGGGUUUGUGGUCACAUAUUCUUAGGAAACAAAAUUAAGUCAGGUUCCUCUCUGCAGGACUUUUCAGGGCCUUGAAUACAUGGUCUGCCUUGUGAAUCCAGGAGAAAGCAGCAUUUCUUGGCUGUAUGACCUGGGUGUCCUGUAUGGCAGAUGCGUCUUAGCUGGUAUUUCACACAGUAGCCUUUGGUGAGGGUGAUCUAGCCUGUCUGAGGUCUGCAAAGAUUGACAACUGCCUCCCAGAACCUCCACAAACAGGCAAGCUGAAACAGCACCACAGCAUCUGUCUGGGAAAUUUGAAAUGAAUUACGCUUUACCUAAGUAGGAUGGCUCCAUCUGGAUGCUGCCCCAGACAGCCAUCCUGCCCCUCCACACACGGGAGGAAAGUCUUGGGUGCUGUGGAGGGCGAAGGUGGUGUAAGGACACAAAUAAUAGCCCUCACUUUCUGGCCUGAAAGGCCGCUCAGUGGGGACCAUGGCCUCGUGACAAACACUUCUCACUUCCACCCACAGUUUGGAACCAUGUGCUUCGGGGGGGGGGGGGGGGUUGGAACGGAAAUUCAUGUUGAUUUUCGCGUUUUGCGAUUUUUGUUUGUCUUUUGUCUGUGGUACAGUGCUGUGUGAAGAUGGCAGUUCCUCCGGUCCUCUCUCUAAAGUGAGAACAAUUUUUAUUCAGGGGACUAUGGAUCAUCACCAUGCUUCUGGGAUGAGGGCUCUCUCUUCUGUUUUGUGUUCACAUUUUGUUUUCUAGUGACAAUUUUAAAAAAUAUGUAUUGGUUUGACUGUUUUGUAGGAUGUAGAAAGUAUUCUGUGUCCCUGGCUAAAGACAUCCAUUGGUGAAGUGUGCUUGGAAACCCAAGUGUUUUCUACAGGAAAAUGUUGACAAGACUUUCUCUUGCAUGCCUCUCAUGCUUAGCUAGGAAAAGGAGCUGCCGGUAUCCCGGCUCUGAGCCACUGUUCUAAGGUGCAGCUGUGUUUUUAGGACCAGGUACAGUCAAGUAGAAUGACAAGAACGUGCCUGCUUAGCCUACCCCUUUGUUGGAAAUGUCUAGACUAUCAGCCACAGGGGUCCCUGCCUACAGCCUCUCCAGCCUCCCCUGCCUCAGUACCCUUCUCAGCUGGUCUGGGAAGCAGGGCAGCCCAUUGUCCGGGUCUCAGAGGGACCACCUGGUUCCAAGAGCAAGCCUUUCUCUCAUGCUUGUUCAGCCAGAAGGAGAAUUGUGGGAACCAGAAAUUUCAUUCUGGCCAGCCCUCUGGAGCACACAAGUCUAGUCUGGGCUCAGAGAGAGCUCCCGUGCCUUGCGCAAGGCCCGAGGACACUUAGGAUAACAAUUGCAUUACUAUCCUGCUUCAACUGACAAAACCACAGGGACUUUGCUUACUUUCCUACUUGCUUCCUCUGCCCAGGCCUCCUCUGUAUACACACACACAUGCACACAUGGAUGUGCACAUACAUACAUGCA